AUGGACUACACCAACGCCAUCCACAUCAUCCCGGACGCUGCGGGCCCCGACGCCUGGACCAACGCGGCGCCGUCCACGGGCGGGGACGCCGCCAUCUGGGCCACCGAGGACGACUACCGCCAGUGGAACGCCGACCCGGGCUACGGCGACCGGAACCCGUCCUCGCGGGCCGGGAGCGAGCAGCCGCCGCCGGGCAAGAAAGCUCGCGGCGGGGGCGGCGGCGGCGGCAGCGAUGGUGGGGGCGGGAGCAGCACGAGCAAGUCGCGCGCCAUCGGCAAGAUGUUCUUCAAGACCAAGCUCUGCUGCAAGUUCCGGGCCGGGACCUGCCCCUACGUCACCAACUGCAACUUCGCGCACGGCAUGGAGGAGCUCCGCAAGCCGCCGCCCAACUGGCAGGAGAUCGUGGCCGCCCACGAGGAGGCCACGGAGCAGCGGGAGGAGCACCAGAUCCCCAUCAUGACCUCUGGAAGUGUCGUCGCUGGAGACAGUGGCGGCGGCGGCUCGCAGGGGGGCAGGGCGUACAAGGGCCGCCACUGCAAGAAGUUCUAUACUGAAGAGGGCUGCCCCUAUGGUGACGCGUGCACCUUCCUGCACGAUGAGCAGUCCAAGGCGCGGGAGAGCGUGGCCAUCAGUCUCUCGCCAACGGUUGGUGGUGGGGGAUACAAUGCUGCUGCCUCUGCCAAUGGAGUGAUGGUGCAGAAGCCGUCCAACUGGAAGACGAGGAUCUGUAACAAGUGGGAGAUGACUGGAUACUGCCCAUUUGGGAGCAAAUGCCACUUUGCUCAUGGUUCUGCUGAACUUCACAAGUAUGGAGGGGGCCUUGUGGACAUAGAUGGCAGGGAUAUCACGUCCACUCCUGACUCGAAGCAAGCUGGUGCUUCUGCUAAAGCUCCUGCAGAGUCUGCUGCUGCGUCCACUGCUAUGCCCCCUCAUGCAGACGUGUACCAUCUCGGCAUCCAGUCCCAGCGCUCCACCAUCGUCAGCCAGAGAUCUGGACAACUGCAGAGGCCCAUUCAGAAGUGGAAGGGCCCUGACAAGAUCAGCAGGAUCUAUGGUGAUUGGAUAGAUGAGAAUGAGUAG